ACUCUAUGCAUCGUGUAUCAAUUCAUUAUUGUUGGUGUCGGGCGGAGAGUGCUGACGAGUUACUUCUCCCAUUGACACUACUCUCCUAAUGCUGUCUCUUGCCUGAUCUGAAUAUUUUCUGUGCUCUAGCUUGGAUAUUAUACGCCUAUUAUUGCUUUGAAUUUUCCUCUUCCCUUUUUUCUCCUGCAACAGAUUGAAGUGAAAUCCACAUAGAUGACGUUGUGCUAGCUGGAAAUCAAUUUUUUACCUCAUAAUGAAGGUUAUUUGUGCCCUGGUUUCCCUGUUGCUCUUCGCGGGCGGAGGGUACACCGCCCCAUCAGGGGCUCCUGACCAAGGUCAACCGGAAACGGAAGUGCUCCCUGUCGAUGACACUGAAGAUAAAGGCCAACAGCCUUUAUCCAACUUGCCCAAGCCAGGGGAUGGGAAACUGAUACCUGAAUUCGCAUCAGAAGAACCUUUGGCAGACAAGAUUGACGGGAAUGAAGAAGGAGACGAUAAUAAAGAACUGGAAGAUAUAUCAUACGUUUCUGCAAACGAUGAAGAUGACAUCUCUGAAUACUCAAUGUCCUAUCCGUCGUGGUUGCCUGAUGGGUUUUUCACAAGUAUCAACGACGUAGACGCCGAACAGACCGAGGAAGCUAUCCUGGAUGGGAUCGAAGCUGCGCUUGUCAAUGAGAAAAUUGAGCCGCUAUACAGAUCGAUAUCACGUCUGAAGUCGCUUCUGCAUCAGCUGCGGGAGAAGGCCAGUCAGGACCUGGAGUCGGCGUCCGGGGAGGAGAGUUUUUAUUCAUCUUCAGGGGAAUCCUACGAUGAUUCAGCCACGCAGGGCGACGACGACUUAGACAUGAUGGCCGGGAACGGAUAUGGUGCUGUUUCAGAUGAUAGACAACGCUUCCCCGGUCAGGUAAUCCAAGGUAACCAAGAAGUGCCAAAGAACGGCUCAAAGGCAAUACCGAAGAACAAUGCCAUUGAGUCAGCAAUGAACAACGUUCCUGAAACAUACAGGAAGGCAAAUCACAUAAAGCCUGGUCGACGUUUCAAGAGAGACUUAGGUUGGGGACGCCGGGGCAAACCAAGGUAUAACAACUUGGCAGUUGCUGAUGCAGAUGAUGACAGCAUAUCGUCUGCGUUUGCAGAUGAAAGCGUUGAUGGUGACUCUGCGCUAGAGUCAUCAUGGAUGAGUUCUUCCGAUGCAGGGGACUCCGUUCUUGAGCUCAACGAUAUUGGGAGGAAACCGCUGAACUUUCAACAAAGAAUAGAAAUUAAACCAAGAGAGGAAACAAACUGGAGAAAGGUCUUUCUUAAUCUGCGCGGUCGUCUUGGAGCGCCUAUACAAAGGCUGGACAGAAGGAGAAGAAAUAAAGAGGAUCUGAAAACAUUCCUCAACAGCAUGCCAACUUUGGAAGGUCUCCGGAAACGCACAUUAAUUCCCGAUGAAGAUGAGGACGAGGAGUAUGAAAUACCAGACCCGGGACCGUUCUACCCCGAGCCGCUGAAUCUUCCACCACCAGACAACGUUAUCCGCCCAGAGCUACCACCUGAUGAUACGUUGCCAUGGGAACUGCCUCCUGAUUUCGACGAGGACAACGCCUUGCUGGAAGAGCAGACGAAUGGCCUUGAUAUGAUCAACCAUUAUAAUAAACGAUAUCGGUAUCUUAGGGAUGUUGAGCGUUCCAUCAUGGAUGAAUCCCUAGAAGACUUGGCCCUACAGCUAGCCGGAAGGCAGCCAUCGAGGUCUAACGCUCUUAGGGUUCGGAGAGUAAUGCAGAUUCCACCACCGCCUCCAUACGGAAGAAAGGUGGUGAAAUCACUCUACAGGAAGAAAGCAUAUGGCUAUCCUUUCAUGGCAGACGAGUUCGCUGAUGAGUUGAUUCCCAACUCAUGGGAGUCCGGUGGAGAGGAUUUCAGUCAACCCUACAAUGCCUUCAACCCGCAGGACCUGGACGAACCACAUUCGUGGGGAGAGUACCUCCAGUUUGGUCGUAUCGAAGGUCCUGAUGAAGCCUCGGAUAUGGUAUCCCGGCUGAUGUCCGCAAUCAAGACCAAGGAAGCCAAAGAUACCAUCCUCGAACAUCUAUUGCACAUCAGGGACGCGUCUCCAGAACUCCAGAGAGAAAUUCUCCUCCAGGCAUUGAUGGCUGAAGCUGAUCCAGUGGAUGGCGGACCCAACAACGCCGUUGGCUAUGACAACCAGCAGUUCGAUUCGGAUGAGAACACGCAGUGGGGUAACUUCAAAUCCAACGAGGAAGCCGACGACGAUGGCGAAAAUGCAAUAUCCGACGACCAGACUGAAGGCGAAGGAAGCCAUGACACUAAACAAAACGACGCAGUAGGAAACACCGUGGAAGUGGGUGGCUGGGACAGUUCUUUAUCUGGAGAGGAUAAAGGGACGAACGAAGCCGAAUAUUUUUCAGAUGCUUCCGAAUCAGACGCCUCAGUUCCCGACUGGGAGGAUAUCCCAGACGAACUCCAAUCAAACAUUCCUCAACUCUUUGAAGAGAUGAAACAACAAAUUUUGAUCCAAAAACUUGCCGAAUUUUUACAACGUACCGCUAGCAGUGAAAACCGAAGAAUAUAACUUCACUCUUCUUUCAAAUAUUGAUUACUAGUUAUUUUUAUUUCAAGUUUUAUCAGAAAUUAUCCCGAUAGAUUUUGAUUCAGACGCAAGGGUCUUAAAACAGACAUAACCGAUAUCAACACAAUAGGGGUUCGUGAAUCGAUUGAUAAUUAUAUUAACAUUUACAUUGAUUCAUCUGAUUUAAGAGAAAUAUUCUAAGACUACCAUCAGUAGUAAACAAUAUAAAAAAUAAAGCAAAUUAAGAUUAUCAAUGGUCGCAAACUAGCAAUCAUGGUUUAUCUAUGAAAAACUAAAACUAAAAAUUUUACUUCUGUUUUUCACGUUGAUGGUGUAAACAAUUUUGAAUUAAUUGAAAAGGAAAUAAUAGAUCAUUUCUGUUUUCAUCUUAAAUGACUGUCUGAUUGUGGGCCAUCGGGCGUUGUCUUUAUUAAUUACAAAAGUUGUAUAUUCAUGAUAUCUGAUGAAGGGGGCCGGGGGGAGGAGACUGAUUUACCUUCUAUCGAUGAGCGACGAAUGCUAACGAACUUGCGACUUUUAGAUUCACCAACGAGUGUUGCAAACCCUCACGAAUGUUUGCUCGCAGUAUCAAAAUUUAUGUUCGAACUGUUUCAAAACAGAAAAUAAAUAUGUUAGCACACCUUAGCUUUGACACACAUCUAAAAUAAUUGUCGAUCUGAUACAGAAGCCAUGUGGUGAAUUGGUCGCUAGUAUUGGCGAAUAAAACAGAACUUUAGUGACACGGUCUUAAAACCGUUUGCCCGGGCAAAGGCUUACGACUGGUUUGCAAACGGUCGCAACUGUUUGAGGAAAAAAUAAAUAUAUUUUCUCGCAGCCUUUUACGAAGAUUUUACAACCUAUUUUAUGAACCCUGGCGGAAUCUCAAAUUCGCUACGUUCGCAUUCGCAAACAUUCGCCGGUCAGUGAGAUACCCCUUUAAUCACAAUAUUAUUCAUUCUUUGAGCGAAAACAAGAUCUGUAUUAUAGUCUUCAUGAAAGUAAAAUAUUUUAUUUCGUCAUCAUUCCAAGAGGGCGCAUCUGCAAAGUAUAAUUAAAAACGACAGUCUUAAAUUAUUGAUUCUUCUUUGGACUCACCUCACUGGCAUGAUUGGUAUUCCCUCAAGAACAUUUUCAGAUUAUCCUCUAUAGGACACCUUUGUGAUCUUUGCUACCUAAUCUACCAGUGCCAUUUUAAAAUGGCUAUCCAAGGGUCCGGUGCAGAAAGAGCUGCGUUUAACCCCAAGUCAAAAGAUCAAUCGCAAGUCCCAAAUGCGCGCUGUUGAUUGGUUGAAAAUCAAGCUGCGCGUGAUUUUUAGAGCUGCGUUUAAUUGCAUCUCUUUCUGCGACGGGCCCCAGGGCGGUUUAUCCAAGUUUGAAAUGGAUGA